CUGGUCUAAUGGUCUGUUCCGAACGAAACCCUGAGCCGAGGAGCCCCUCCGCCGACCUCUUUACAAGCAGACCACUUCGGCAUCUUAGAAUUUAAUUAAUUUAAGAUGUUUAGCAGAUCAACUUUAAUCUUACAGCCGUUCCAUGGCGGUCAACAGACCCGAGGAAUGGCCACUCUCAAGGCCAUCUCUAUGCGUCUCAAGUCAGUCAAGAACAUUCAGAAGAUCACCCAGUCCAUGAAGAUGGUGUCUGCUGCCAAGUACAGCAGAGCCGAGCGUGAUCUUCGCCAAGCUAGGCCAUACGGAGAAAGCUCUAAGCAAUUCUUCGAGAAGGCAGAGGUGACAGCGGAAGCAGAGGCUCCUCAGAAGUUGAUCAUCGCAGUGACAUCGGACCGUGGUCUGUGUGGAGCCGUCCAUACUCAGGUGUCCCGAGCUAUCAGGACCGAACUUGCAGCUGAUGCAUCUAACACUUCCGUAAUCUGCAUUGGUGACAAGUCUCGUGCUAUCCUUCAGCGGUUGUAUGGCAAGAACAUCAUUUUGGUUUGCAAUGAAAUCGGACGAAGACCACCAACUUUCCUGGACGCCUCAAGAAUCGCCCAGCAGACAAAGGACAUUAACUUCACCACUGGAAAAAUUGUAUACAAUCGAUUCAAGUCUGUUGUCUCAUACCUCACUAGCGAGAUACCGUUGUUCUCUGCUGCUGCUGUAGCAGCUGCUCCCAAGCUGGGAACUUACGACUCAUUGGACGAGGAAGUUAUUCGCAGCUACCUCGAGUUCUCCAUGGCUUCCAUGCUGUUCUACUGUAUGAAGGAGAGUGCAUGCAGCGAACAGUCUUCUCGUAUGACUGCCAUGGACAACGCUAGCAAGAAUGCCGGUGAGAUGAUUGACAAACUCACUCUCACAUUCAACCGUACUCGACAAGCCGUCAUCACUCGAGAAUUGAUUGAAAUCAUCUCCGGUGCUGCUGCCCUCGACUAAACCCCAGGAAGCAAUCCUUACACUGUAGCAGUUGUAUAUUAUUUGGUGUGGAAAAGGAAAUCUCAAGUCACUUAUCACCUGUAUUAUCGUUGACAAAUCAAAAUCAAAAUACUUAAGCGUGUUGCUAGCUAUCUCUUAGACCAAGACCCCUACAUAACAUCUUAUAAACAAGAGUAGCUGUGACUCUCCUUAAGUAUUUAUUUAUAUACAUCAAAUUGGAUGACAUUAAAUAAAUUAACUUUUUUUUCUAUUAAUCAAAUUUUAAAAUAAUAUAUUGAGUUCACAAAUGUUAUUUGAAUGGAAAUAAAAUAUUAAAACUUAA